GAGAGGGAGAGAGACAGAGAGAGACAGAGAGAGAGAGAGAGAGAGAGAGAGAGAGAGAGAGAGAGAGAGAGCGGGACCGGGAUGAAAAGUGAGGAGUUGAAUGGUGAAGCAGAAGGACUGCAGCUUCUUUGAGACAGAUGAAAAGAAGAGGACAGGCAGGCAGUGAGGAAGCCUUGGAGCCUUGGAGCUGACGCAGAGGAGGGAUAACAGAAUUGGACUCAAUAUCCCUGUGUGACCCGCAGCUGAGUGUAAUCUCUCUCGCUCUCACACACACGCGCACGCCGAGUUUUGGGUGUCCACUACCUUCCUCACUUCUCCAGUGUGUACGGGGGCGUGCGCACGUGUGUGUGUGUGUGUUUGUGUGUGUGUGUGUGUGUGUGUGUGGCCACCCCUGGCUGCCUGAACAAGCACCUUCUUGGAGUGUGUGUGAGUUCCUCUCUCCAUCUGGGUCUCUGUGCGUGUGUUUUACUUCCAUCCGUCGCCCUCGGAGUGGGACUGAGCUCCACGCCAACCAUGUGGCGACUGCUUGCCCUGACCACGCUGACCCUGCUGGGGUCAACCGCGACACGAGCCUGGAGACCCUCUCAGCCGCGGCUACAGUUCACUCACUCAGAGCUGGUGCGGACAGGACGACUGCUCUCUCUGCCCCUGGCUGCUGGGGACCUGCACUCCCUCCUGCCAGACGAAGAUGGCCGCCGCCUCUACGUGGCCAUGAAGGACAACCUGGUGUCCACUAACCUGGAUGACAUCACCCAAAACCCGCGCAAGCUGUACUGGCCCGCCAGUCCGGAUCGGAUCCAAGAGUGUUUGAUGGCAGGAAAGGACCCUGAGGCUCACGUGCUCUCCUCUCCACAGCUGGAGUGCGCCAACUUCCUGCGUGUGUUGCAGCCUUACAACACCACCCAUCUGUACGUGUGUGGUACCGGCGCCUUCAACCCACGCUGCACCUUCCUCCCCACCAGUGUCUUCCUCAAGGCUGACCAGCAGACACUACUGACGGAGCAGACUGAGAGUGGAAAAGGCAAAUGCCCAUAUGACCCCAACCAGAGAACUGCCACCGCCAUGAUCGAUGAACAGCUGUAUGCUGGCAUAUCAUCUGACUUCAUGAGUCGUGACUCAGCAUUUUUCCGUAGCCUGGGCGAGAGUCAUGUGAUUCGGACAGAGCAGUACGAUCCUACAUGGUUACAAGAUGCCCAGUUUGUCCAUGUGUCCCUGAUGUCUGAGAGUGAUAACCCGGAGGACGAUAAGGUCUACGUGUUCUUCACUGAGCGAGCCCAGGAAGCAGACAGCGCUGCUGGCAAAGUCCUCUACUCCAGAGUGGCCCGUGUCUGCAAGAAUGACAUCGGAGGCCAGCGCAGUCUGGUGAACAAGUGGAGCACCUUUCAGAAGGCUCGCAUGGUGUGCUCGGUCCCAGGACCAGAUGGCAUCCAGACCCACUUCGACCAGCUCCAGGACAUCUUCAUCCAGCACAGCAGGGACAAGAAAAACCCUCUCAUCUACGGCCUCUUCACUACGACAAGUGACGUGCUGAACGGCUCAGCGGUGUGUGUGUACCGCAUGCAGGAUGUGGUCCGCGCCUUCAAAGGAAACUUCUACCACAGGGAAGGACCACAGUACAAAUGGGCAGAGUUUACAGGAAGAGUGCCCUUUCCAAGACCAGGAACUUGUCCGAGCAGCACCUACGGGAGUUACAGGUCCACUCGGGAGUACCCUGAUGACGUCAUCUUCUUCAGCCGCACCCACCCUCUGAUGCAGGAGGCGGUGCUUCCGCUGGGUGGGCGGCCCUUAGUCAUCAGAGUGGGCGCGUCUUAUAAGUUUACUCGCCUGGUGGUGGACAGGGUGGAGGCUGUGGACGGACAAUAUGACGUGCUCUUCAUUGGCACAGACUCUGGGCUGGUGCUAAAGUCCAUGCCCCUGCCCCGUGAGCACGGCCAGGACAUCACUCUGGAACAGAUGCAGGUUUUUAAGCACAAGUCACCCAUUACUGCCAUGACAUUGUCUAAGAACAAGCAGUGGCUGUUUGUUGGUGCUGCUGAGGGUGUGGCCCAGUUGGGUCUCUUUCAGUGUGAGCUGUACGGUCAGGCCUGUCCAGAAUGCUGUCUGGCCAGAGACCCCUACUGCACCUGGGAUGGUCACGCCUGCAGCCCCUACAUGCCCAUCGCACGCAGGAGAAACACUCGGCAGGUUGGGGACGCGGGGGAUCCUCUCAAUCAGUGCGUCAGGCAAGGAGCUGGGCUGCAGGUGGAGACUGAGAGGAGGUCUAUAGUGGUUGCCGUGGGGAACAGCACCUACCUGGAGUGCCUUCCAAAAUCCCAUCAUGCCUCUGUCACCUGGCUGAAGGAGAUAGGAGAGAACAGCGCUGAGCUUCAUCAGGUGACGUCCGGCGAGACCUUGGUGGUGAUUGACAGGGGCAUCCUCAUCCCCAGGGCGGAGCCUGUCCACGGGGGCGUGUACCACUGCCAGCUGGAGGAGCACGGCUUCCAUUGGACAGCUGUCACCAUUCACCUAAGAGUGGUUGGUCCCGCCCUCCUGUCUGUCCCUGCCCCUGGUCCUGGCCAGUCCUGGUACCAGGAUGUGAUGUCGUUGAUUCACCCAGGCGACCUGAAGCAGCGCUGCAGGGAGCUCAGCCGGCGGCGCCAUGGCAACCGGGAGCGUAACCAGGGACGAAAGAGGGGCGAGCGACACAGGGAGGGAGGGAGAGGAGGAGGAGGAGGUGGAGGAGAGGGACGAGGGAGGAAGAGCAGGAGCAAGCCGCCAACUUCUGCUCAGAGACUGCCCAGGAAUACAUAGUCCUCACGCUGAUGUUUUCUUUUCUCUCUAACACACGCACACACACA